AUGGCACCACGUUCUCAACUGGAGAUUGCCACAGGCUCAGUCCAGCGCCUGAUCAAGGAAGAGCAGUCGUAUCGCCGCGAGCUGGAGCAACAGGAAGCAAGAAUCCAGAAGCUAGAAGCUCAAGAUCCUAGCGAGGAUGAAAACAGGGACUACAUGCUCAGGCAAGAGCGCCUCGCUGUUGAAGAGACUGAGAGGGUCUUCCCGAACUUGAAGCAGAAGAUUGAGGAGGCUAUUGCCAAGCUCAACGGGCUGUUGAAGAGGGCAAGAAGGGCUCCGAAAGCAAUGUUGAACAUAUCAAUGCUGCUAAGGAAGCCAUCGCGAAUGCCAGAGUUGCCGAACGGGAGAUCGCUUGAGAAUCUGAUCGUAUCCAUGACGGUCAGACUCGCUGAUUAG